AUGAAUUGUUUACAGUUUAUACUGAUUUCAACUGUUUUAUCUUUUUCAUACGAAAACUGGUUAACUCUUCACAAAGUGAAAUAUCUUACUACGGAGUAUCUUCGUCGUAAAGCAGUCUUUUUAGACAACCAAAAAUAUGUUGAAGAGUUCAACAAGAUACAUAUCAACUCUACUUAUCGUCUUACAAUGAAAGGGCCAUAUUCUACACUCACUAAUUUGGAGUAUCGAAAAAUACUAUUAAAUACUAAUCAACAACUGUCAAAUUUUAAUACCUAUUUUAAUAGCUCUUUACUACAAAAUUUAAAACAAGAAGUCCGAAAUUCAGUCGAUUGGCGAGAAGAAGGCAAAGUGACGGCAAUUAAAGACCAAAAGAAUUGUGGUUCCUGUUACUCCUUUGGUGCAGUUUCUGUUAUCGAGUCGCUAAUUUUAAUAACAAGUGGAGAAUAUGAAGACCUCUCAGAACAACAAAUAGUCGAUUGUACGUCAAACACGAAAUACUCCAACUUUGGGUGCACUUGUGGGAACGUUGGUAACACUUUCAAUUACAUCAAAGACGUUGGAAUCACUACUGAAAACAAAUACCGAUACAUUGCUUCGGAGAGUAAUUGCACUGUCAAUGAAAUUGAUGUCAAAUACAAGAUACAAAGUUAUACUUCAAUAUUCCCUCCAACUGAAGAUGCUUUAAAAAUUGCCGUUAACAAACAACCCGUUGCUGUCUCAAUAGACGCAUCAAACCCAUCUUUUCAAUUGUACAAAAGUGGAAUUUAUGAUGAACCAAAGUGUAAAUAUGUCGACCAUGUUGUUAGUGUUGUUGGGUAUGGAAGUCAAAACGGGAAUGACUAUUGGAUCGUCAAAAAUUCGUGGGGGACAGAAUGGGGAGAUAAAGGAUACAUAUACAUGUCUCGAAAUAAGAAUAAUCAAUGUGGUAUUGCCACUAUCGCAUUGUACCCAACGGGAAUUAUUAAAGUGUAA